AUGAACUUCUCUCACGGUGAGUACUCAUACCACCAAUCUGUCAUUGACAAUGCUCGUGAGUCGACCCGAGUUUUCCCCGGUCGUCCUUUGGCCAUUGCUCUUGACACCAAGGGCCCUGAGAUCAGAACUGGUACUACCACUAGCGGUGGAGACUACCCCAUCAAGGCCGGUCAUGAGAUGAUCAUUACCACCGACUCUGCUUACGCCAAGAAGUGUGACGACUCGAUCAUGUAUGUUGACUACAAGAACAUCACCAAGGUUAUCAAGGUUGGCCGUAUUAUCUACGUUGACGAUGGUGUGUUGUCUUUCGAGGUUUUGGAGAUCAAGGACGAGCAAACCUUGAAGGUUCGUGCUGUCAACAACGGUAACAUCUCUUCUCACAAGGGAGUUAACUUGCCCAACACCGAUGUCGAUUUGCCAGCUCUUUCCGAGAAGGACAAGUCGGAUCUUAGAUUCGGUGUUAAGAACAAGGUGGACAUGAUCUUUGCCUCUUUCAUCCGUACUGGCGACGAUAUCAAGGCCAUCCGUGAGGUUUUGGGUGAGGACGGAAAGCACAUUCAAAUCAUUGCUAAGAUUGAGAACCAACAAGGUGUCAACAACUUCGACGACAUUCUUAAGGAGACUGACGGUGUCAUGGUUGCUCGUGGUGAUUUGGGUAUUGAGAUCCCUGCCUCCAAGGUUUUCAUUGUUCAAAAGCAGCUCAUUGCCAAGUGUAACUUGGCUGGUAAGCCCGUUAUCUGUGCCACUCAGAUGUUGGAGUCCAUGACUUACAACCCCCGUCCUACCCGUGCCGAGGUUUCGGAUGUUGGUAACGCUAUUUUGGACGGUGCUGACUGUGUGAUGUUGUCUGGUGAGACCGCCAAGGGUAAGUACCCUGUUGAGGCCGUUUCCAUGAUGCACGAGACCGCCAUUGUUGCCGAGAAGGCCAUUGCCUACCAACCCUUGUUCAACGAGAUCCGUUCUUUGGCUCCUUUGCCCACCUCUACCUCAGAGACUGUUGCCAUUGCUGCUGUUGCCGCCAGUUUCGAGCAACAAGCCAAGGCCAUUAUUGUCUUGUCGACCAGUGGAUCCACUGCCCGUCUGUGUUCGAAGUACAGACCCAAUUGCCCCAUUCUCAUGGUCACCAGAAACGAGAUUGCCGCCCGAUACUGCCACUUAUACCGUGGGGUGUACCCAUUCGUCUACGAGAAGCCCCGUGCUUCCAACUCUGGCGAGUGGCAACAAGACGUCGAGGCCCGUCUCCUGUGGGGAAUGCAACAAGGUAUCGAUCUCGGCAUCUUGAACAGAGGCGAGACCGUGGUUGUCAUCCAAGGAUGGACCGGUGGUCUUGGCCACUCCAACACCCUCCGUAUCUUGGAAGCCAAAUAA